AUGUCUGCAAGUUGGGUGCCAGAAUUCAAUGACCGACCAUUCUUCGCCACAGCUGCCUCCAACCGUAGUCUUCGCAAGUUGUUGGUGGAGAGCUGGAGUAAAGGUGGCGCCGCAGAAGCGGUCGUGCAGCAAAAGCUCAAAAACCGGAAGGAAAGUGAGCAAGAACUCAAGAAGAAAAGUGACUCCUUAGAGAUUCUGAGCCUUGACUUUGCACAGGUGCAAUAUCAGAGAACCCUCGGCAAUAAUCCUAAAAAGAUUCUAAGCGUAUCAUCGAAGCCGUUCAAGGGUUGCAAACUGUCGAUAACGGUAUGGAGGCCUACAAGCAGUGGCUCACGAAGGAGGGGGGACGCGCCGUCUGGUGAUGCUCGCGGAAUGAAAAGGUCGCAGACCAGCACCGUCAUAACGGACCUCACCGUUUUUGUCGACAAGUAUUGGGCAGAAAAUACGUAUGGAGAUGCUUUGCCCGUCGAACUUAUGGCGAUUCCCCUGAAAUCAUUCAAUGGGCAUGAGGCCGAAGGCUUUGUGGAGGCAUAUAUAUCGGCGACGGAUGCUGUCAUAACCGCCGCAAGGAUCACACUGCCAUACGAGUCACCGAUUGAUGAUGCGCUCAUGAAAAAAAAGCAACUUCGUUGGCACUUGAAAGAGGUAGGAAUUAAGGAUUCUCUUCCCUCGCUUGUGGCUCUCGAGAAAGAUGGUAUGAUCACCAAAGCACCGAAGAGAUCCGCGAAAUACUUUGAGCACUUGCAUCGAGGAAAUGAACAGACACAGUAUGAAGUCGUAUCUGUCAUGUCAUUCGUACAAGUGCAGAGGAAGAGAUAGAAGCUUUCAUCAUCUGGGUCGGAAGGAAGCCAUAUCACCUCGAUUCAAGGAUCAAUGCACACUUCUUGGUGGCGGAAUUUAAUUCCAUAUGACUGAGACGAGGAUGAAGAGCCAAACGCAAAAUAUGUACUAGGAUUGGAACUGGUACAAUGAAAAUCUUGAUCAAGGGCGAUUAGAACAGGGAAAUUGGGAAUGGCGGCAUGGUUCAAAAGAAAGCCGUCUCGCCUGUACCCCCACACGACUGUAC